AUGGACACACCUAAAAUUACAGUUGUAAUUCGUAAAAGACCUUUGGGAAAGAAAGAAUUAAUUAGGGGAGAUCAGGAUAUUGUGUCAGUGCAAGAUUAGCAGACAGUGAUUUUGAGUGAAAUCAAACAAAAAGUUGAUUUGACCAAAUAUAUUGAGCAACAUCACUUCAACUUUGAUAAAGCAUUCGAUGAAACCAUUGAUAACCAAGGUCUAUACCAUUCAGCAGUAAGACCAAUAAUCUAGGCAGCAUUCAAUAAAGCUAAAUGUACAUGCUUUGCCUAUGGAUAAACAGGAAGUGGUAAAACAUACACAAUGCUUGGAGAUCCAGAUUAAGGAGUGCCUGGAUUAUAUGUAAUGGCAAGUUAUGAUAUAUUUGCUAUGGUCUAAAAGGCAGAGUAUUAACACUUAGUAAUUUCAAUUUCAUUUUAUGAGAUCUAUUGUGGCAAACUAUUUGAUUUACUUAAUGAUAGAUCUCAGUUGGCAGCUCAAGAAGAUGCCAAAGGAAAUGUUCAAAUCAAAGGGCUAAGCGAAAAAAAGAUCAAUAAUGUCCAGUAAUUGAUGCAAAUCAUAUAAUAUGGAUAAAGUUCAAGAAUCACAUCAUCCAAUUCUGCUAAUUCAGAAUCAUCGAGGUCUCAUGCCAUUCUACAGAUUACUCUAAGAAACAAUAAAUAAAUUCAUGGGAAACUAUCCUUCAUCGACUUAGCAGGCAGCGAAAGAGGCGCUGAUGUUAGAGAUCAAGACAAGACCACCAGAGUUGAUGGAGCAGAAAUAAAUAAAUCAUUAUUAGCACUCAAAGAAUGCAUUAGAGCAUUGGAUCUAAAUAAAAAUCAUACUCCAUUCAGAGGCAGCAAAUUAACUCUGGUUUUAAAGGACAGUCUUGUAGGAAAUUGCAGAACAGUAAUGAUUGGAAACAUCUCUCCUAGCAGUGCCAACAGUGAACACACUCUUAACACACUUAGAUAUGCAGACAGAGUUAAGGAACUGAAAAAGCCUUAAGAAUAAAAGAAUAUUGACAAUCCUAAUAGAGAAUUAUUCCUAGCAAGAGAAGACAAUAAUGUAAUAAGAAGAGAAUAUAAAAAUCCUGAUUCAGAUGACUAAGAGGAUUGUUCAACUAAUUUUGGUUAAUAAGGUAGUUAAGGUGUUUACAAGGUAAAUAAUUCUAAAAAUGUUCUAUUGCCUCCGGUCAUUUAAGUUAAUCGAACUUAAUCUGCUCAUAACAGGUUAUCUUUAAAUGAAGCUCCUUCUAAUAAAUACUAAAAUCCACUGAAUAAAAUGUCUAAUGUAAGGCAAUCAAAUAAUACUCUACAAUAAUUGCCUCCUAAACCAUAGCCAUUACCAUAACACUUAUCAUCUAUAAAUAAAGCUCCACUUUUCCCUCCAUAUCAUAAUCAUAUACCCGACUCUUUGUUCCCUCCUGACAAGACUCAAUCACUCUCCUCAUAGAAUUUAAAUUAGCCCUAUCCUCCUACUUAUAAUUUCUUUUAGAAUCCCAUCCCCCCAUCGGAAAUCAAUGAUGGAUAUGUUGGAGAUGAUGAUUUGUAGGAUAAUUUACUACUUGAAGACGCUGAACCUGAAAUCGAGUAGAAAAAUAAAGCACUGACAAAUUAAUUCUUAGAAUUGGAUUCAAGAGUCUUAUAGGAAGAGGAUGAAAUAAUCAUAUCUCAUCGUAAUCAUAUUGAUGAUAUGGUUGAGACUUGUAAAUCAGAUAUGUGUUUGCUGAACUCCUUGGAUCAAAAGUUUGUCAAUUCCAAAGACUAUUUUUAACAAUUGAAGGACAAAUUGUUGAUCAAGUAGAACAAGAUUGAAGAAUUCAUCAACAAAUUGAAUCUAUAUGAUUAGCUCUUUGAAUAACGAUCACAAAUUGAAUGCGAAUUGCAAAAUGCGCAAAAAUAUAAUUAAAGGAAUGAAAAUUUUAAUUAAUUAAUAUAAUGA